CCUGCACCUGCCGCAAGUCACAGUCACUCCCCAUCCCCUCACUCCCGCUCAUGCCUCUCAUCCCUCCAUCGCCAUCUCCAUCAAUCGACGUUGACAUCGACACCGACAUCGACAUCAGCAUCUUUGGCAUCAACACCUUAGACUGGCCCUCACCUCAUUCUUUCUCCGGCUUUCCCCUAAUUCUCACCAACGCCACAGCUCGCCUGCGCAAGCGAUCGACUCCCCCUUCCCCCUUCCCCCUCUCCACGUCGUCGCCCCGUCAUGGGUGGUGACAAGGAUAACUCAAAGCCCAGCUCUGGGGCUGGAUCUAACGCUUCAGCAGGUCCCCCGGCAUCUCCGCCUCCAUCUUAUGCUCCUUCCUCACCACCAGCCGAGCAGGCCGAGCCUGCUGAGAGCACCACCCCCGAGCCUGCUGAAGCCGACGACAGGCCUGAUACUCCAACAGCUCAAACGCAACCUGACGCGGCUGAUGCGGCAUCCCCAAGCGCCGGCGCUUCGUCCAAUCCCUCUUCGCCUCAGGCAACUCCCUCAUCCCACCCCUCUCCGUCGCCUGUCCCCGAGGCGUCUGAUGCUCCUGCACCGCGCCGCCCAAAACCUCCCGCCAGGGGCAUUCUCAAGCCUCCCCCACCGCCCGUCAAGCCCACGUUCGGAAAUCGCCUCCGCGACAUUGUCGGCUCCGUGACCGCCGUCGACGCAGCCAUGGGCACCUUCAACGCGCUUUCCGGGCGGUUGUUGGGUCGCUUCGGGCGUGGCGGAGGUGACGGCCCACCAACACCUCCCAAGAGGCAAGGUGUGCCGCCACGUACUACGUCGCUUGCAGACCCACCGCGCCCCCCUCCUCCAGCCGCGCCAUCGCCGCCAUCUGAGCGCGCACGGCAAAAGCAGCCGCUCAAACGCGCAGCGUUCGUGCUUCCUUCCAUCAGCAUCACGUAUCCCAUCAGCUCGAUCGCUGAGCCCUGGAGCAAGAAGGUCCUCGAAGAUCGCGACAAGGUGGAGACUCGUCAAAGGCAGCUGUUGUCCACUGCCAGCGGUGCCGAAUAUUGGUCGUCGAUGCGCCUCAUCAAGCUCUACGAAAGCGCGUGCAGAGGUCGCGAGGAGAAACCGCGACUGGGCAUCGUGCGUGCCCUCCAAGCUAUUCCUGCGCAUCCCAAGCCUCGGCUCGUGCAUCUCGUCCUUCACGACACGCCCAGAGAGUCGCCCUCACACCCGGCACCGUAUCCCCUUGAGCACCCACUCAAUCGCUAUGCCGCGGAGGCCCUAGCCGACUUGCUCGCGGUCGAGUGGUCCCUGGGAGAUCUGCGGCUUGAGCGCGGUGUUAUCGAAAGUGAGGAUGCUCUCAAGCCUAUUCUUCACGCUCUGCUCGUGAGCGGGACACUGCCUUCUUUGAGCCUCGCUGGCAACAAGAAGAUCAAGGCGGGAGGAUGGCAGCUUGUGGCCGUUUUCUUGAAACGAGCGCGCUCUCUGAAGUACAUCGAUCUCUCCGAAACAAGUUGGGACAAGCGCGGGAUAGACUACCUUGUGCAGGCGUUCAACUCUAGUGAAGUGCAGGGAGACAGGAAACCGAAUGAGUCGCGCGCGCCGACGCCCCAGCCUGAUGAGGAGACAACGGAGAGCGACACCCCCAACCAGUAUGGGCCCUUCCUCCCUCCUGCGCCAUUACUGAAGGACGUGGACGUCGAUGUCUUACCAUCGGCUGUCCUGAGCUUGCGACUGGACAACUGUUACAUGCGAUCAGGCGUGCUUGACGCACUGGCGAGCGGCAUACGCUCGUCCGAACUUAGGCAUAUCUCGUUGCGCAAUAACCGGAUCGGACCCCUUGGCGCAGUGUCCCUCGCCGUGAUGAUCCGUGACUACCCUGACACCGGUGCGUUUGGGGCGCUUUCUGGAUCGGGCGCAGAACUCCCGUACGCAGCCAGGCAGCGCAAGGCUCUGCCAGAGCUGCCACCCGACGACCCGAACCUGCCUCCCGUGCCGGCACUGUCGUCGACUGGCGGCGUCACCACUCGCGUUGACCCGGAGGGCUACAAGCCGCCACCAGCGCCCAAGCACCCCCUCGUCAUGCCCGGAGGUGGGUACAGCGCCAUGCAGGAGAGCGCCAGCUUCUCCGUCAACUCAUCUGCGGUCGAGGGCAAACUUUCGACACCUGAGUUUGGAGGUGCGAGCUUGGCAUUGCAGCGCAGUGUGCGUGCACUAGAUGGCGUGGAGCGCAUCGGGCGCCUCGUGACUCUGGACCUGAAGAGCAACGACAUCCGCAACGGUGUGACGUACAUUGCACAAGUCUUGAAGCGGAAUCGCACAUUGCGUGUUUUGAAUGUCAGCGACAACAAGCUUGACGCGUCGGGUCUUGUUGCGCUCGCAGAGGCCCUCAAGUACAACUCGACCCUCGAGACGCUCGACAUGAGCUCUAACCCGUGCUGCGGUCCCAGCUUAGCUGGCAUAGCGGCGCUGCGCACAUCCUUCACGGUGAACAGCAGCCUCAAGCGCCUCUUCCUGCAGGAUACGGGCCUCACGACCGAGGGUGCAAUCGACCUUGCCGAGUUCAUCCCGGAGAACCGCUCACUGUUGCACCUGGACGUGACCGCGAACCCGGCAAUUGGCACUGCGGGAUUGCUGGCGCUCGCGUCGGGCCUCAAAUCGAACAAGAUAGUGCGAUGCCUCGACGUUAGCAUUCCCCCCAACGACCCGAACCUAGCCGAGCUGUCGCAGAGCAUCCUCCAAAGCUGUAUUCGGAACACGGAGCUUGCGGCGACUGCGGCCGCUGACUCCGCCAAGGGCAAAGCAGUGCGGGGAGCGAAGGAAGCGAUAUGGGGUCCGAUCAAGAAGAGUGCGCUCGUGCGCUCCGUCAAGGAAGCGGACGAGUUCCGCGCUCUGCGCGAGCGCGAGACAGUCGCGAACAGUGUCGAGGGACAAGCCCGCGAGUUUGUGUACCGGCUCAAGCCGGAGCAGCUUCUUACUGCAGCGGAGGACACAGUGCGCGGUCUCGAGUCGUGGUAUGCGGCCGGAUCCAAUGCACGUCGCGGCCCACACGCCACGUGGGAGGGCACACAGAUGCCCAAGGAUGAUUUCAGACCACUGGUAGAGCGCGCACGCGCGCUGUCGGAACGCAUUGCGACGGCGCUUGGCGCGGCAGGCGAGGAAGGCGCAGCCGCCUCGGACCCGGCGCACCUCGAGCGCCUCCUGGGGUUGAACGACAAGCUGACCGCACUCGCGGGCAAUGCGCGUGGCUUCAUGCCACCCCCGCGCAUCCUCUUACCCUCACAGAUCGCGUUCUCGGCCCCCGCGCCGCCCGUCGUCACCGCCCCGCAGGGCACGCACCUCUCAACGCCGCGCCGGCGCCACCAGCACUCCACGAGUCUGGAGAUCUCCUCGCCCAACUUCAGCAUCGGGGACAGCGAUGCUGAGAGCGACGCAGAGGAGCUCGACGCGGUGACGCUCGCGCCGAGUCUGACGCGCGGCAUACUCGCGCAGAGCAUGGACAAGAUGCGCGCGGACAGGCGCAAGCGGGGCUCGACGUCCGGGGCGGGACUCGGACCGGCGCUCAGCAUCGUCACUAACGGCGAGCGGCCCGCUGAGGCCGCGCCUGCGCCACCGAAAAGCACUCCCGAUCCCGAGGAGGUCAAAAAUGCCGAGCGUCUCGUCGAAGCCGAACUGGCACAGGGCUUGCUCAGCAGCCCGGUAGAGCACGCGUCGCGCCGCUGGGUCGAGGAGGAGGCAGAGAUUUUCCGGCGCGGGUCGCGCCUUGGUGUCGUCGACUCUGACGAAGACGAGGCGGCAGACGGCAAGAAGCGUGUCGCACCGCCCGGGUUGAAGGGCGACACUUCGAGCUUGUCGGGCGAGGAGCUCCGCAAGGAGAUCAUGAAUGUGGACGUUCCGCGGAGCCCACCGCGGCGCGUUGUUGCCGAGCUCAACGACGAUUCUGAUGAGUCCAACGAUGAGCCACGUGGAGAAUAGUUAGACUGCCGUUGUUAAUCGUUGGGAACGCGGAUUGUCAAUAAUUCAUUUACUUCUGCGGAACGCUUAGGGCGUGGCGAGCAAGAUAGCGCUAUGGAUUGUGUGGGCUACGGAGAGCGUGUAUGGCAGCACCAGCACCGGCAGGUAUUAUCCAUGCUUACUUCUUCUUGCCGUCCUUGCCACUGCUGCCGUCCUUGCCUUCCACCUUGUCAAGGCGGGUGUUGAUCUUGCCAACCUGCUUAAGGAUGAUAGCCGCAGUGCUCGUCGUC